CAGAAAUGGCAAGAACAAGAUGGUCAACGACCAAGGGUCAACUAAUAAGAUCCAGAAGAAAAGGCUAGGUGUAAUGCAUUUUGUGAGGGUAGCAUUGUACAUGAUUCGUCGUAAAUCUGACAAAUCGAAAAAAUCUAUGCAAAUCGAUGUGCCUUCCAAGGGUCCGUGGACAGAAGUUUUGGCGUCCAUGCGUCCAUUACAUGCCAGAAGCAGCCAGUGUCCGCCACCUUCCCAUGAAAUUCCUAUGACUUUGCCAAUGAUGGAAGGAUUUAAGGAUUUGUUGACGCCUCCUUUAUCGCCAGUAACUUCAGCAAAGACAUUGACUCAAUCUUCCGAGCCUGAUGACGGCAUGAGCCAAUACGCUUCUGCUCAGGAUCUGCAAAAGCUUGUUAUGACCACUGACAACAAAGAAAACGAUGAUAAGGGUGGUGACGAGAUGAUUGAUGUCAAGGCGGAGGAGUUUAUUGCUCAAUUUUAUGAACAAAUGAGGAUUCAAAACGCCCACUAUAAGAAUACUUACAAGAAGGAACUCGGGUGCACGUCAUAAGAUGCUGAGGCUAAGGAAAUCGAUGGGUUUUAAAUCACGAUCAAGUCAGGUGUAAU